AAAAAGUAUAGAUAAAAUAUUUUAAAUAUUUUAACAAACAGCUGUUUGUGAAGCUAUGUUUACUGUGUAAAACAAUGAAUGACACAACAAAAGGAACGCAAAAUAAACAUAUUUUGUUCAGUUGCUACUGCUUCGCGCAUAUUUUUAAGUAAUUAUAUAUAUAAUAUUAGUUAAUUAAUAACAAAAUGGAACAAGAACAAGAUAGUCGGAAAAGUAAUGGAUACAUGAGCAGUAAAAUUCACUUUUCAAAAGAAGUUAAAAAUGCCAUAGACAAAGUAUUGAAAUCUGAUGAUCCUAUGGACUCAACAGAUUUUAACACAGUGGAUUACAUUAAUCAAUUGUUUCCGAAUGAGCAAUCUCUCGUCGGCAUCGACGACACCAUUCAACGCAUGCAAUGUGAAGUGACAUUAAUUGAUGAAAACAUACGCUCCGUUGUACGCGGACAAACAAAUACCGGACAAGAUGGUCAAAUGGCACUUAAUGAAGCACAGAAAGUUAUAACCUCGCUGUAUGAACAUAUACUUGAUGUAAAAUCACGCGCUGAACGCACUGAAGAAAUGGUCAAGGAAAUAACAAGAGAUAUAAAGCAAUUGGAUUGUGCUAAGCGAAAUCUCACGUCAGCGAUCACAGCACUUAAACGUCUACAUAUGUUAGUCGGUGGAAUCGAAAGUUUAAAUAUGUUUAUAGAAAAGCGUUCAUAUGGCGAAAUAUUAAAUCCACUGCAAGCUAUUAGCGAAGUGAAUCAACAUUUUCAGCAAUAUUCAGAAAUUGAUGAAAUUAAGAAUCUCUCGCAAAACGUUGAAAAAAUUCAAAUCAAAUUAGCUAAACAAAUCUCAGAAGACUUUAAAGAUGCUUUUUCGGCUAAGUUAAACUCUAAAGACAGCAAUGGACAAUCACGAUUAAGUUUAAAUCAAUUAAGUGAAGCAUGUAAAGUUAUUUCUGUGCUGGAGCCAAGAGUUAAAAAGGAUUUGUUGAAGUGGUUCAUAGCGCAACAACUUGAGGAAUACGUGCAACUUUUUCAUGAAAACCAAGAUAUAGCGUGGUUAGAUAAAAUCGAUAAACGAUAUGCAUGGCUUAAAAGACAUUUGCUUGAUUUUGAAGAUAAAUUCGGUGAUGUGUUUCCAUUGGAUUGGGAAGUUUCUGAGCGCAUAACAGUGGAAUUUUGUCGUCUAACACGUCAGCAGUUAUCGCAAAUAAUGGCUAAACGGGUUUCUGAAAUUGAUGUGCGAUUGUUAUUAUUUGCCAUUAAUAAGACCCAAGCCUUUGAACAGUUGCUUUCUAAGCGUUUCACUGGUGUUACUCUUGGUUUUGCAAUCACCGAUAAAACGGCUUCAUAUACUGAAAAUAAUGCGGAUCUUAAUAAUACUGCGUUACCCUGUGUAUUCCAGGAUCAAAUUGGCAGUUGUUUUAAAUCACAUUUAGGAAUUUAUAUAAAGAGUAUUGAUCGUAAUUUAACUGAAUUAAUGGAAAAGUUUGUAGAACAAACAAAAGAACCAUUUAAAAUAGCUGAAGCUAAAACAACAGUUUAUCCAAGCUCUGCAGACCUGUUUGUGUUUUAUAAAAAAUGUAUGGUGCAGUGCAAUCAGUUAAGUAAUGAUCAACCAAUGUAUGACUUGGCCUUGGUUUUCAAAAAGUAUCUACGUGAAUACGCCGUUAAGGUUCUAGAAUUUAGCACACCAAAAAUUUUAACAAAUUCUACUUCCAUAGGCAAAAGUAUGUCGUUGUUAACACGUGAUAUGCAAAAUCUUUCUAGUGCAGCUGGCCAAGUAUUUCAAAAUUUGUUAAAGGAGGGCGAUACACAACGCUUUUCGAAGGACGAAUUGAUACGUAUUUGUUGCGUACUGACUACAGCUGAAUAUUGUCUUGAAACAGUACAACAGCUAGAGGACAAAUUAAAAGAAAAAGUUACAUUAGCGUAUGUGAAUAAAAUUGACAUGUCAGAGGAGAAGGAUGUAUUUCAUCGAAUAAUAUCGAGUUGUAUACAAUUACUUGUGCAAGAUCUUGAAGCUGGUUGUGAAGCAUCUUUGCAAGCCAUGUCGAAGAUUCAGUGGCAAAGUAUAAGUAAUGUGGGCGAUCAAAGUGCUUUUAUUAGUACUAUAUGCAGUAAUUUCAAGCAUACAGUACCCGUAAUACGUGAUACGUUGGCGACAUCUCGAAAGUAUUUUACGCAAUUCUGUCAUAAAUUUGUCAAUACGUUCAUACCAAAAUUUAUUAAUGUGCUAUAUAAAUGCAAAUUAACGCUGUCGGAUGGUUCAAAUAAUGUGUUAGGUUGCGAACAGUUACUAUUGGACACGCAUAGUCUUAAAACGGCAUUACUUGAUCUGCCAUCGAUUGGAUCGAGCGUUAAUCGAAAAGCUCCAACGAGUUUUACUAAAGUUGUUAUUAAGGAUAUGACACGUGCUGAGAUGAUAAUUAAAGUUGUUAUGACACCAGUUCAACCACCAGCACAUUUUACACAGCAAGUUUUAAAGUUAUUGCCAGAUAUAACAAUAUCGGAAUAUCAAAAAAUAUUAGACAUGAAAGCUGUUAAGCGUGUAGAUCAAUUACAAUUAAUUGAUUUAUUCAAGCAUACAGCAUCAACGGCAGCUAUUGCAGGCUUAUCGGAUGAUGUAGAGUCUGUACAGGAAUUAUUAACCUCACCGAAUGUGUCUGAAAGCAGUUCAAAUAUAGAAGUUACACUAAACCUGUCUUCAGAAUCAUCUGAUGUGACUUCAGGCAAUAGUAACGGCAAUCAGUCUACAGCAAGUACAGUUCCAAUAUCUACACCUAAACGUAAUUUCAUCUUCAGUGUCGGCAACUUUACUGGAAGUAGUAACAGUAACACUGAUGGUUCUUCAAGUAUGAAUGAUCGUGGCCGUAUACGAAAAUUAGAGAAUCUUAUUAAAAAACGUCUACCAUAAUGAACAGCAUAUAGUACAUAAAGAUCGUUUAACAUUCCAACCAUAUUUUGGCUUUCAACCGGAAAAAAGGCAAAAAGAAAAUACAAAAAUAAAUAUUUAUAUAAAUUUAGUAUGAGUCAUAGUAUUUAUAUGUUAAUGUGCAAUCAAAUAUUUAUACUUUAGCAACUUAAGCAAUUUUAGCAUCUAACACAAAUCAAAAUUAAUACCUUU